GUUGUUUCGCGUCUAUCUACUCGCUGAGGUGCCAAGUUCUCGCCAAAACGCAAUAGACACCAGACAAGUGUAGACGAACACAAUUAACGGUGAAAACGGCUUUCAAAUCUAAAACAAAGUUUAACUGACUAACAGAUUAAAUACAAAUACUGCGGUUGUGUACUAAAAGUGAAUAAAAACAACAAAAAUGAAGUUCCUCGUCGGAUUACUCUUUGCGUCCGUGGCUCUUGGAGGCGUUUUAGGCUUACCGGCUGGCUCUCCUAAUGAUGACGCGGAAAUUAUUGAAGUUCCACGACGCCAAGUGCUCAACCCGCACAGUACUGACGACUCUGUAGACAGCUCUGGUAGUGAACCCGAGUUCACAGAUUUCAAAGGCGUCAUCGAUACUGGUGUAGGUUAUCCUUUUCUGCAACCACAUCCUUUACCGUUCUCAUUUAAUUUGGGCUUUUUCGACGCUUUUGAAGAUAUUUUCCGACGCCUACGUAACCAGCUUUGGUCGUCAAGCUUGCCUAGUGACGGCGAUAGUCUGUCAUCAUUUGAUUCUUCCAAAGGCAAUACUACCUCAACUGUGAAGAUUGUCGAUGGUCAUAAGGUUGAGGUGAACGAGACCGUGUACGGUGAUGGCGAUAAUCUAUUCAAGGUGCGUUUGGUCAACAUUCGUCCGAUAGAUUCGGAUGAGUACAUUGGGGAAGCGCAUGAACCUAAUGCAAAUCCAGUUACAUCAGGCCCAAAGAAAAGCGGUUAUGAUAACGAAUCCAACGAACGUCGUGAGCCUUUGGAACCAAAAUCGGAUGAAAAUGAAAUCAGGGGCCACAUCGACGAACCUGAGGUAAAACACACUCAACCGCAACAACCAUCGCAAUUUAUACACGAGACAAUGUUGCCAGUAACAAAUGAGGACAAUGCCGCCAACUUAAAUACUUCAUUUGUUUCAGACAAUAGUCUUGAAGUGGCAGAAGGCAAAGAAAGCAGUGAACAAAGCUCGGAGGAAGAAAUCGCCGAGGUAGUGGAAAUAGACGGAAAUAUCGAAGCGGAAACCAAUAAGUCUGUUAACAACAGCGACGAAAAAGAAAAAAUGGAAAUCCUUGAAAAUUCUACUGCCAUACCGGCUGUUGAGGAGAAAACUCUUGGAGUGACACAAAACGAUGUACUUGUACAUAGUGCUGAGGACCACGCGCUUACAAUUGAAAAUAAUGAGGAAAUGGAAGCGAAUAACAACUCAAAUGAGUCAUCAAAUUCUGAUAUCUUGGCAGAUGCACCGGCAGCUGAAAAUAAAACCAACGCAGAAGCCGUUGAGAAUCAAGAUGAUUUGCGGGCUGAAUUGGACGAGGAAGAUAUUGAGGAAGAAACCACUGAAUCAGCCGGAAUCGAAGAAGUUACUGAGUCCGUAAAAUCUGUUGAUGAUUUGGCUGAGUGGGUGGGUGAUGAAACGGUUGCUGCGCCUGGUGAAGGCAAUGAUGAAAUUAACAACCAUCCAAAUAAGCAGCCUUACAACAAGAAUCGCGAGGAUGUCUCUUCAUCGGAUGAUGAGCAGGAGAGUGAAACUGUAGAGAUGAAUCCCGAAUUUGACUCAGAAUGGGCUGAUUUAAAAGAAGAUUUGGCAAAGAAGGGCGACGAGAGAAAUGACUUCAGUAACGACAUUGAUGCUUAUGAUGCCUUACCGGUGGAUCUGUCUAAUGACAUUGCCGUCAACGAUUUAGUUGCUGGAAGUCUCGACUUUCCCAUAAAUCCCGACGCGGAAGUAAUUAGUGUGCCUGAAAUUCAAACUGGCGGUGGAUUACCCAAAUUUGAGAAGCUGAAAAUUUCGGAAGCCACAAAUCCUUCCAGCUAUGAAGUGGCUUCGAUUUUAGAAAGCGAUAAGUAAGAUCCUAUUUGUGGAGCGUUAUGUUGUUCAUUAUUAGUGCCAAAUUCUCAACUUAUAAGUUGGGAUAGAUGAGAUUUUUAGAUUAAGACGCAAGUUUUAGCAAACAGUUUACAUGUUAAAUAUUUAUGGAACUUGUUGAAUAGCCGUGAAGCAUUUGUGGCUAACGCAAUUUUUCCGAAUGUAGGAAUCAUAGCCCAAGACUGACAGCUAUACUAAGGGUUUCAGAUUAGCCAUGAUAUUUAUUUUAAACAUAACUAAAUACUCGUACACAGCUUUAUGAAAGAACAGUAAUUAUAAUUAACAUUGUUACUGAUUUGUGAUGUCUUGUGAAAUAAGAAUGUCUGUAAACGUUUAGGAAACAGAAA